CAUAAAAUAUUGUUGUUGUACAUAAAUGUAAUAAAUAGUAGUAACAUAAGAUUACAAAAAAAAGAAGAAAAGUGACAAAUAUUUUUUUACAAAACAAAAAAAAAAGAUGUACGAACUAUUUCGAUUGCUCGUGCUCGCCUACUUGUGGGUCGUAGCCGUAAUUUUCUCCAUCUACCUAGUUAUCUACUUAAUUACAAGUGUGAUAAAUCAACAGAGCAAGUUAUGUUAUCACUUGAAACUCUUUUUCCUCUACUACACAUUCACGAUGGCUGCGAUCAUAAUCCUGCCCGUGAUGCUCCUUCGCCCACGAAAUGUCGACAAUUGUAGUUUAAUUUGUUGGGUUGUGCGCCAACUUCCGUCAUCAAUCGAUAUUACAUGGGAGAUACGACGCUCCGAUAUUCUCGCACAACCGGAAGGCAGUGUUUUAGUUGUAAAUCAUCAGUCAGAAUUAGACUUAUUAGCCAAAGUAAAUAUCAGGGAAUUGAUCACACGCUCCACACUAAUUGUGAAGAAGGAAAUUCUCUAUCUCGUGCCGUUCGGUCAAUUAUCGUGGCUCGCUGGCGUCGAAUUUGUCAAUCGCAAGAAUUCAGCGCAGGCCAACAAAGUGCUCGAUGACUGCGAAAAGUUGCUCAUCAGUAAAAACAUCAAAAUUUGGGUAUAUCCGGAGGGCACGCGCAGCUAUGGCAAAGGUAUGCUCCAGUUUAAACGAGGUGCCUUCAAAAUUGCAAUAAAUGCUCAGGCGCCAGUUGUGCCUAUCGUUAUCUCGCCGUACUAUUUCAUGGACUACAAGAACAAUUCGAUGCGAUCAGGACACGGAAUCAUCUCCGUUCUCGAUCCAAUUCCCACGAAAGGCUGGAACAUGGACCAGUGCGACGAGUUUGCCGAGAUGGUGCGACAAGCGAUGGUCACGGAAUACGAAAAACUCGGCCAGGAACUUACGAAAAUGCAGCAAGACAGCGACUGGUUGAACGUAAAACGACCAAUGCGUCUCGUGAAAUAACAUGAACAGUAACAAAACGUUUUUCUUAUCUAAGUUAAAUGAGCAAAAUCCGAAACAAUAUGUUUUCCAAGCAUCAAUAUCAAAACACAAAAUCGUUACUUAUCACAAAAAAAAACUUCAUAAAAAUAGCGUCACACUUACUUAUUAAAUAGAGAGCGUUUUUUUUUGUAUUGAAUUUCACAUACGAUUAACCAUAACAAGCAGCUAGAUAUAGAAACCCUUUGAGAGGCUAUUUAUAGAAUACUCUUGCUUUUUUUUCGCCGCUCACUUGCUCGGUAGAAUAUUAGAGUUUGGUCCCUUUCAACUCCCUCAACGAACCUUUUUAAGCUCCUUUUAUUGUUUGCGUCCUUUUUUUAUUCACUUAAUUUCUGUAAAUACGUUUUUUUUUUGUAAGUCACAUCAGAAAUUUAAUGUUAAGAGAAAAAAAAGACACAGCCCAGUUUUUUUUUAUUAGGAGAAUUAGGAGAAAAAUUACGUAAAUAAUAAGAAAUAAAAUAAUCAACGUCGGUCAGGAAUUUUUUUUUACAUUUUUUGUAAUAAAUAUUAAAUAAAAUAAUCAAUAGGUCAUAAUGAUUUCACCCCACUCGACACGGUUUGAAAGAAAAACUUCCAAGAACACAUUAAAAAAUUAUUCGAAUGUCUAAAAAAAACCAAGUAAAACUUAAGAAAUUAGGAAAUAAAAAUUGUUAUAAAAAUAAAAGAAGUCAAAUUUGCAUAAAAUAGUGGUGAUAAAUGUAAAAAAGCAUUAAAAAUGCUCCCUUAUUAAAGAUUAUAAGACAGAAAAAAAAAUU